GGAUGACUUCAUGAGGCCGGAGCCGGGCGGCGGGAGCAGCUGCUGCAGCUGGCAGGUGGGUUGGGGGCCGGCGGAGCUGACCGGGCACACGGCCCCUCGCGGCGGCACUGCGGCCCCAGGGCGCCGCCCGGGACAGGUGCUGACUCGAUCCGGAGAAGUUUCCUGAGUUUCUGGAAAGGCCUGGUUUUCCCAAAGGAGCAACUUCUCUGAAGAAGUCUGAGGUCUGAUCCAAGAAAAAAAAAGAUUCCAUUAUAGCCAAUUAAUUAAGGACAGAAGGUUUCCAAUCAGUCCCUGCUAUGUGGAUAUUUGUUAGCAAUGACUGAUGUGGAAACUACAUAUGCAGAUUUUAUUGCUUCAGGAAGAACAGGUAGAAGAAAUGCAAUACAUGAUAUCCUGGUUUCCUCUGCAAGCGGCAAUAGCAAUGAAUUAGCCUUGAAAUUAGCAGGUCUUGAUAUCAACAAGACAGAAGGUGAAGAAGAUGGACAGCGAAAUUCGACAGAGCAAAGUGGGGAAACCCAGGGGGAAGCAGCAAAAUCUGAAAGCUAACACCCCACUUUGAUCUUCAACAGCAUCUGACAAUGUCUCAAAUCUCUAGGCCUGGCUGGAAUACAUUUGUUUCCAAGAGUAAAAAGGGGAAAAAGAAAAUGGUUGUGUUGCAUUGUAGGAAACUGUUCGUUAUCAUGUUAAAAAUGGGGGCAGAGGCUGUGGGUGCAGACAGACUUUUCUCUACCUCUGUCAUUAGCAAUGGUUGACAGCAUGUGGCUUGUGUUUGGAUGUCAUUUUUGUAUGGGUCCUUUCACUUGACCAUAUGAUGAAAUGCUUGCAGAAAGUAGCACCGACCUAGAUGACGAUUCUUCCUGUAGCAUCUGGCCCUUCACAAUGUCAGAGGAUUUAAUUGUGUCUAUUUGCAAUGGGUUGGUUGAGCCCCAGAGUUUAAAUAUCUCUGGUCCAAGUAUUUACCCAGUAAAAGAACCAUCCAGAAA